AGGUUAGCAACUUAGAAUAGCGAGCAUUAUCCUAUAUCUUAUGUUGAUAAUGGACUAAUUAUAUAAGGGGUCUGUUAUCUUCUGGUAGGUUAGAAAUAGCAAAAAUAAAUCUACCUAGUAUCUUAAUCCAUCUUUACCCUCCUUCUGACUAAAAAUGUCUGAGGCCCCAACAACACCAAUUACAGAAAAGGAGCCUUCUUCAGCCAUUUCAGCUCAGCAGCAACAAGUGCGCACUGAAACCGCUAAUGGGUCUUCCUCAUCAUCCCUCACCUCCACUACCAAGGUUUAUCCUCCGGCCACGGCUAAGUAUGAGGAAGUCGUUCAAAGCUCUGACCUUUUCUGGGAAAAGCUCAAGGAGUUUCACGAUUCUUUCAGAACCAAAUUCGUGAUACCUACCGUAGGAGGAAAAGCUCUGGAUCUACAUCUCCUUUUUGUGGAAGUCACAUCUCGUGGUGGACUUGAAAAGGUGAUUAGAGAUCGCAAAUGGAAGGAAGUGAUUGUGGUCUUCAAUUUCCCAACAACAAUUACCAGCGCUUCAUUUGUCUUGCGGAAGUACUAUUCAUCUUUGCUCUAUCACUUUGAGCAGGCCUAUUAUUUCCACAAAGAAGUUUUUAGCAUCCCAGUGCUUGAACCUCUUAGCAGGAACCUUUUGAAUGGGUCAGCCACCCUGGAGGAAGGUGCCAGUAGAAACCAGUUUCCAGAAAGCUCAGAAGUGCAGCUUGGCUGUUCAAUCAUGGGAAGCAUCGAUGGGAAAUUUGACCAUGGAUAUUUGGUUUCUGUGAACUUGGGUUCUGACGAGCUGAAAGGUGUCUUGUAUCAUGCUCCUACAUAUGUUUCUCAGAGUUUUUCGGACAUGCCCACUCGACGGAAUCGAAAGAGGUCCAGGUUGGCAUUACGUGAUCCCUCUCGGCCCAAGUCAAACAGGAGCGGGUACAAUUUCUUCUUCGCUGAGCAUUAUGCCAGAUUAAAGCCUUUGUACUAUGGACAAGAGAGAGCCAUCAGCAAGAAAAUUGGGUUUCUAUGGAACAAUCUCACAGAGGCUGAGAAACAGGUAUAUCAGGAAAAAGGGAUGCAGGACAAGGAGAGAUACAGGACCGAAAUGCUGGAAUAUAAAUCUUCCGGCAAUUUAACACAACAGUAGCCUCCAUCUUGUCGGUUAGAUAGGCUCCUGUUUCAUAGGCAUCAUUUUCCUCCCUUGCGUGCUCUUGUUGUUGUCGAAGUAGUAGUAGUUGUUGUAGUAGUAGCUACUCCCUCCGUUUAACCGCCUUUUUCCCGUUUCCAUUUUUCUUUACUAAGGUUACCCCUCAGUGUGCUCGUCCGGAAUAAUUGCGGAAGGGGUGAAAGGGGCAGCUCUGUAACAUAACUGUUGAAUUUACCUUCAUUUUGGAUUAGCAGAACUUUAUUACAGUAAUAAUCUUCAUAUUUCUUGACA